UCAGCCAUCCAUCCUUUAGUGUGAGCACAUACAGUUAUAUCUUCUGGAAUUUGAAUUGCUGCUACUUUUGCCUGUGGAUCAUGCCUGUUCUGCCUUUAGCUCUGCUCUUGCUUUCUGGCUUAGCUGCUUCUGUGGAAGUGAAACGCCCACGAGGUGUCUCCCUAACAAACCAUCACUUCUAUGAUGAAUCAAAGCCAUUCACUUGUCUGGAUGGCUCUGCAAUUAUAGCCUUUGACAGAGUCAAUGAUGAUUAUUGUGACUGCAAAGAUGGCUCAGAUGAGCCAGGGACGUCUGCAUGCCCAAAUGGCCGUUUCCACUGUUCCAAUGCUGGUUACCGCCCUCAGUACAUCCCCUCCUCUCGUAUCAAUGAUGGGAUUUGUGACUGCUGUGAUGCAACAGAUGAAUACAACAGUGGCAUUGUGUGUGAAAACACCUGCAAAGAGAUGGGCCGAAAGGAACGGGAGGCACUGAAGCAGAAGGCUGAGGUGGCCAGAGAGGGCUUUGAAAUCAAGAAGGCCCUGAUGGAAGAAGCAAGUAAGAGAAAGGAAGAAAAACAGAGAAAGCUAAUUGAACUACAGGAGAGUAAGAAAUCUGUAGAAGAGCAAGUGGAGACUCUCAAGGUACAGAAGGAGGCUGCUGAGAAGCCUGAAAAAGAAGCCAAAGAGAUCCACCAAAAAGCCUGGGAAGAACAGAAAGCAGCAGAAAGAGCAGCAAAAGAUCAAGCCAAAGCAGCAGAAGCCUUCCUGGAGCUGGACGAUGAUGGAGAUGGGAUAGUAUCUGUUAUGGAACUUCAGACACACCCUGAACUGGAUGUGGAUGACGAUGGGAUCCUUUCAGAAACAGAAGCCCAGACUUUGCUGGGCAACUCCUUGCAGGUGGACAUGGACAGUUUCCAGAACAUAGUUUGGUCUGCAAUCAAGGAGAAGUACAAAGCAGAGAGCUUGGCUGAUAUACAGCCUCCAUCAAAGGGUCCAGUUGAGGAGGAGCCAGAUAAUCAGUCUGAUGCCCAGUUGGACCAGUUACCUCCUGAAGAGGACUAUGAAGAAGAUGAUGAUGAAGAUGAAGAACCUGAUGAAGACAGCAUUGAUGAGGAAAUGAAGGUCCCACCAUCCAAGCCACCGUCUGAUACCAAGGUGGCAGAAGAAGAACUGGAAAAGAUGCCUCCUUAUGAUGAAACUACUCAGGCUCUGAUUGAUGCUGCACAAAAGGCUCGGGAGCAAUUUGAAGAGGUAGAGAAGUCCCUGAAAGAAAUGGAGGACUCAAUCAGGAGCCUGGAGAAAGAGAUUUCAUUUGAUUUUGGACCUCAUGGAGAAUUUUCAUAUCUGUACGGCCAAUGCUAUGAACUCACCACAAAUGAAUACAUUUAUCGUCUCUGCCCAUUUAACAGAGUGUCCCAGAAACCGAAGCAUGGUGGCUCAGAGACCAGCCUUGGCACAUGGGGUUCAUGGACUGGUUCAGAGGAUAAUAAAUUCAGUGUCAUGAAAUAUGAACAUGGGACGGGCUGCUGGCAGGGCCCCAACCGAUCCACCACAGUGAAACUUUCAUGUGGCAAGGAGACAGUGGUCACAUCCACAACAGAGCCGAGUCGCUGUGAGUACUUGAUGGAGUUUGUCACUCCAGCAGCCUGCCAUGAGCCAAAGGACCUCAAUCAUGAUGAACUCUGAGAGCAGAUGUGCAGAAGCCAUAACUAGUAGAGCCAGGCUCAGAUCCCAGUGAUUCCGAGACCCAUGGCAGAAUUCACCGCCUGCUCUUCUGUCCCACAGCCCACCCACAUGGACUUCCCAUGUUGAUCCUGGCAUCCCUUCCCCACUGUUAGUGCUGCUUUGCCCCAGUGGACUUCGGGGUUUUUAAAUACUGGUAUUUUCCUUGCCAGUCCUGCAAAGAUAACUCUUUUUCUCCCCGCCCUCCUUUCUUGCUUUAGGGCACCACCUGCCAUGGUCAUGCACAGGACUGCAAAGCUGCCUGGCCAUUUAUCUUGAUGGGGGAAGGCACUCUCCAUCCCACACUGUUGUUUCUUUGUAGGGGAGAAGGGGGUUAAGUUCAUUCAGGAGUGGUGAAGAAAUCUCAGGCUGUCUUCCUGAAGUGCUUUCUUCUGCUGGACUUUUGUUCUGAGCCAGAUAUCUCUCAGCCUGAGAGAGUGGAGUAAGACAGGCUGGGGAAAAGAGCCUGUGUCCAGCUUGCCUCCUGCACUGACAGUCCCAGACUGUCUUUCUGUUUUAUUCUAAUCUGCUGUUUGGUGGUGAACUCUUUUGGAAACAAACAAACAAACAUUCCCUUCCAAUAAAGAAACAUCUCUUGUC